AUGGAGGUUAAUCCAAAGUCGAGGGGCGCCGCUGUCCACAGCACUAAGAGUCUCACUGGUGGUGAUGACACGGCAAUGAUGUCCCCACAGAAGCGUGCACGACACUCCCCAUCCCUGACCCCUCAAAUGAGCCGGCUUUUAGCUAAGUGGUUGCGUUCAGACGGCCAGGGCCCUCACUACUGCACGUUAUUCACUGCUGCCGCAAUUGGCACUACUGACACUGCACUGUUGGGAACGCGAACCGCUGGUGGUGGUGCUGACGCUGCUUUGUUUGCCCCAGCUGCUGAUGAGGGGCGGUGCAGUAAGAAGCAGAGAGGAGAGCGUGCCUUGGUGCUUGAUCAGGUGCCUUCAGCAGCAGCAGUGGCGGGUGCUGGUGAGGGCCUGUGUAGUAAGAAGGUGAGAAAAGAGGAUGCCCUGGCUCUUCAUCCGGUGCUUUCAUCCGGUGCAGUGGCGGCACUGGCAGCAGGGAAAGCGGACAGAGGAGGAGGAGGAGGAGGAGGAGGAGGAGGAGGAGGAGGAGGAGGAGGAGGAGGAGGAGGAGGAGGAGGAGGAGGAGGAAGAGGAGGAGGAAGAGGAGGUGGUGAUGGUGGUGGUGGUGGAGGAGGAGGGGGAGGGGGAGAGGGAGAGGGAGCACUUUUAGUAGCGGCUGCUGUAGCUGCUGCGGCGGCUGCUGCUAGAAGGGUAGGCCAGCAGACCACAUUUGGAAACAUAACAGCUGCUGAGGAACGAGCAGUGGGAGGGGCGGGGAACGUGGGAGAAGCAGGAGUUGGUGACAGGCAACAAGACCCAACCAGCUCUGCUUACGUUUCUCCUCGGAAUCUCACCACACAAGCUGGCAUUUCUCAAAACGCUCUUUCCACACUCCCACUAUCAGACUCACUCAUCGCCCAGCUUGCACCAAACGCGCGCACCACACUCCCACUAUCAAUGCCAAAUGCUGAAUCACUCAUCGCACGGCUUGCAUCAGUCGCACCCUCCACCAUCCUUGCCGCCCGUCUCCUCUCCUUGGCGUCACAAUGGACAACUGCUGCCGCCCAGCGCCUCCAACAGCCAGUAGCAGGUUCUGAGAUGUAUCAAAACGCUACUGCUGCUAUUCAACAAUACGAACAGCUAUUAGCAGCUGCUGCCGCUGGGGUGACUGUUGCGUCGACUCAAAAGUCGUCCCAUAUCACAGCUGCCACUACUCAACAGUCACAGCAGUUAUUAGCAGGUGCGACCACUCAACAAUACCAUCAGCUAUUAGCAGCUGCUGCUACUGCGCGCCAAGCCCCUUCCAUAUCUUCUCCGUCGUCCACCCAUUCCCCCCACAUGCCCCUUCGCUCCGACCUCCUGAAAUCUCUACUGGAUCUACUCGCAUCUCAGCCGUCCGUUUCUUCCAAUCCUUCCAGUAAUGCAGGUUUGGAACAGCUCGUUCAAACACAGUUGCCUUCCGAGCCGGCUCAUCUUUUGGAGCGGAGUGACAUACCAGCCUUACAGCCUCGGGGUCAGGAGAUUCCACAGGCGGUUCUGCUCGCGCUUCUGGCGCAGGUGAAAUCCCAGAAGAUCUCCCAGGGCCGUGGAGCAUGUCAUGAACAGCAGCAGCAGCAGCAGCAGCAGCAGCAGCAGCAGCAGCAGCAGCAGCAGCAGCAGCAGCAGCUUCAGCAGCUUCUGCAGCAGCAAAGGCACCAGCAGCAGCAACAGUUAUUCAAUGAAUUACGAAGAGGUUUUAUGAGGAGAAGUGCGAGUGUGGGGGGAGGACUGUGUGAUGAUGGCCGUGCUGGUGUGGCUGGCACGAGUGAUGUUGGUGGUGGGAAUGGUAUGGGUGGUAUGGGUGGUGUGGGUGGUGGGGAUGUUAUGGUUGGUAUGGGUGAUGGGGAUGUUAUGGGUGGUAUGGGUGUUGGUGCUGGCAUGGCUGGUGGUUCUAAUGUUGCAUCUCAUGAGCAGCAGCAGCAGCAGCAGCAUGUAAAGCACCCCCUUUUGCGUUCUCGUAUGGGUCAACCUCUGGGUGAUUCCACAGAGAUGGGCAAUGAUGAUUCACAGGGGUUUGCCUUGAGGAGACGUGCGAGUGUGGGGGGAGGAGAGUGUAAUGAUGGCCGUGCUGACGUGCCUUGUGUGGCUGCGAUGAGUGGUGUUGGCAUGCAUGGUAUGGGUGGUGGGGAUGGCAUGGGUGGUGGGGAUGGGUUGGGUGGUGGGGAUGGUAUGGAUGGUGGGGAUGGUAUGGAUGGAGGGGAUGGUAUGGGUGGUGGGGUUUGUAUGAGUGUUGGUGCUGGCAUGGCUGGUCAUUCUGCUAGGUUUCCUGUUUUAUGUUGGAGUGGCACUGAGAUGAACAACACUCUAGCUAAUGCGGCAACCGGAGCUGUGGGAAGCGGUGGUGUGGGAAGUGGUGGUGUGGGAAGUGAUGGAGUGCGACGAGAUGGAGUGGGGAGCGGUGGAAUAAGGAGCAACUUGAUGUGGGACAGGACUGCCAAUAAGGGGAGUGACAGCACCGAAUGGGGAGAUGCAGUCAUGGGGGGUAGGGCACUCUCGCGUGGAGCUUGGGGGGGUGGAGUUUUGAAGAGUGGAGCGUUGCGGAGUGGAUUGGUGGGAGCAGGGGCUAUGGGGGGGAAAGACUUGCGUGCUGAAGCUGUGCAAUCCAGUGCUCUGCCGGCUGGCGCGGUGCAGACAGGAUUGCAGGCUGGCGCUGUGCAGACAGGAUUGCAGGCUGGCGCUGUGCAGACAGGAUUGCAGGCUGGCGCUGUGCAGACAGGAUUGCAGGCUGGCGCUGCUGUUGGUGCACGCAGCACCGCUCGUGCAUGGCAGCAGAUACCUUCUCCAAGGAAACGCCCCAGAGACGCUGCAGGUAUGGUGGAGGACUGGCUGGGUGAGGCCCGCUUGGGGCUUCGUGCUGCAGAGCCUAUUCCCAGUGCCCGUGCUGGUGCAGAGAAGCAGCAGCUUCUUCGUGAGGCACCUCAACAACAGGAGCCUGUUUUCGAGGUACCUCAACAACAGGAGCCUGUUUUCGAGGUACCUCAACAACAGGAGCCUGUUUUCGAGGUACCUCAACAACAGGAGCCUGUUUUCGAGGUACCUCAACAACAGGACCAGCUAGGUGCGCUUCCCUUGGGGCUUCGUGUUGCAGAGCCUAUUCCCAGUGCCCGUGCUGGGGCAGGGAAGCAGGAGCCUGUUUUCGAGGUGCGCCAGAAGCAGGACGGGCUGGUUGAGGUUCCCUUUGGGCUUCGUGCCGCGGAGAUUCCUUGCACUUCUCGUGAGGCCGGUGCUGCAGAGCAGCAGGGGUGGGCCUUGGCAGGAGGGCUGGGAGAGAAUGGACCGAGCCAGCAGCAACAGCCACCAGCACAGCUGCCCCCCUGGCUUCUAUCCGCAGUCCCUGCCAGUCGUGGCACUCCUGCUGCUGCUGCUGCUGCUGCAGAGAAGCAGGAGCGAGAAGCUUUACGGGAUAGCCUGCAAGACACUAAUAGAUUCCUCCAGCACCAGCAGUCAGCCCUUGGGCAUGCGAGGGGAGGUCACUGCCACCCAGUGCCACUGCUGUCCCUUGACCCUGGGCAUGCGACGAGUCGCCGCUGGGAGAGCCAGCCAUCGCUUUCCCCUGAGAAUGCAAACACUCACCACCUGCACCAGCCGUCCUGUUCACCUGAGAGGGCAAAGAGUUACCAGCAUCAACCUUCGUGUUCGCCUGACUUGAGCUCUUUCCAGCGUAUCACCCUCGUAAGCCCGCAUCGCUCUGUCAUUCAUACUCAUCCUCCUCCCUCCAGUUCUCCCCCCUCCACCACGCCUCCCCGGUCCAUUAUGCCUCCUCUCUAUCACAUCCCACCUCUCUCGGACAUUCCACCUGCGCCCAACAUUGCAGCAGCACCCAGCAGCACGAGCUCUCCUCCUUGUCCUGAGGCUCUGCAAUCCCUGCCCCCACCUGCUUGUCCUCCUCCUCGUUACAAUUCCUCUUCCCAUAUUUUCACACCGGUCCAUUGGCCUUCCUUUCCCCCUCAUCGCCCUCCUAAUUUCACCGCAAGACUUCUGACAAUGCUCGGUGGUAUGGGUGGUGGGGAUGGUAUGACUGGUGGGGAUGGUAUGGGUGGUGGGGAUGGUAUGACUGGUGGGGAUGGUAUGGGUGGUGUGGGUGGUGGGGAUGGUGUGGGUGGUGGGGAUGGUGUGGGUGGUGGGGAUGGUGUGGGUGGUGGGGAUGGUGUGGGUGGUGGGGAUGGUGUGGGUGGUGGGGAUGGUGUGGGUGGUGGGGAUGGUGUGGGUGGUGGGGAUGGUGUGGGUGGUGGGGAUGGUGUGGGUGGUGGGGAUGGUGUGGGUGGUGGGGAUUGUAUGAGUGUUGGUGCUGGCAUGGCUGGUCCUUCUGCUAGGUCUUCUGUGAUAGGUUGGAGUGGCACUGAGACAAACAACACUCUAGCUGAUGCGGUAAACAAUGCUUUGGGAAGCGGUGCUGUGGGAAGCAGUGCUGUGAAAAGUGGUGCUGCGGGAAGUGGUGGUGUGGGGAGCGGUGGAAUGCGGAGCAACUUGAUGUGGGGCAGGAGUGCCAUGAUGGGGAGUGACAGCACCGAAUGGCCAGAUGCUCUCACGGGAGGAAGAUCCCUCCAGGGUAGAGCUUUGGCAGGUGUGGCGUUGGUGGGUGGUGCUUCACGGAACCAAGUUUUGGGGACUGCAGCUUUGGGGGGUGGAGCUUUGGGGGGUGGAGCUUUGGGGGGUGGAGCUUCGGGGGGUGGAGCUUCGGGGGGUGGAGCUUCGGGGGGUGGAGCUUCGGGGGGUGGAGCUUCAGGGGGUGGAGCUUCGGGGGGUGGAGCUUCGGGGGGUGCAGCUUCGGGGGGUGGAGCUUCGGGGGGUGCAGCUUCGGGGGGUGCAGCUUUUGGUGGUGGAGGUUGGCGGAUUGGAUCCUUGGGAGCUGGUGUUCUAGGGGCAGGAGACAUGCAUGCUAGUGCUAUGCAAUCGGGUGCUGCAGUUGGCGCUGCAGUUGGCACACACAGCGCCUCUCACAGAUGGCAGCAGCAGGUCCCAUCCCCCCGGAAACGCCUCAGGGACACUGCAGACAUGGUGGGGGAGCGGUUGGGUGCCGAUCCUUUGGGGCUCUGUGGCACAGAGACUAUUCCCGGGCCUAUUCCCAGUGCUCAUGGGGAGAAGCAGCAGCUUGUUCUUGAGGCGCCCCAAAGACAGGACUGGCUGGGUGUGGUCCCCUUGGGGCUCGUGCUUUCCACAGGGCCUAUUCCCGGUGCUCGUGCUGCUACAGUGAAGCAGGAGGGGUCGGUGGCAGGGGAAAUCCUAGGUGUGUGUGGACCAAGCCAGCAGUACCCGGCGUCUUCACUGCUGUCCCCUUUACUUAUAUCUGCGCACCCCGCUGCUGCUGGCACUCGUGCUGUUGCUGCUGCAGAGAAAGAGUGGCAGGUGGUGGCAGGAGCAGGGCUGGGAGAGAGUAGAGCAAGCCAGCAGCGCCAGGCACAGGCGCCACUCUCCCCCUUGCCUCAAUCCACUCAACCCAUCGGUGCUGGCACUCGUGACGGGCCCAAGAGGCAGCAGCAGGAGCGAGAGGCUUCAGGGGAGAGCCCAAGGGGCAUUGGAAGAGUCCAGAAGCACCUGGCACAGGCGCCACUCUCCUCCGUGCCUCAAUCCACAGGCCCUACCAGUGGUGGUGGUGGUGGUGGUGCUGCUGCUGCUGCUGCUGCAGAGAAGCAGGAGCAGGAAAUUUCAGGGGAAAGCCCAAGGGGCAUUGAAAGGUUCCUCCAGCAGCAAACAUUUCCUCCUCCCAGGGAGUUUCUCCCCUCCAACAUGCCCCCCCACUACACCGUGCCUCCUCCCUCUGACGUACCUCCACUGUCUGACAUCCCACCUGCCCCCAACAUCCCUGCAGCCACCCGCAUUCCCAGCAGCACGAGCUCUCCUUUGCUAGAGCCUCCGCAUUCCCAGCCCACACCAACUCUUCCUCCUCCACCUCCUAAUUACAAUUCCCCUUCACAUAUCUUCACGCCGGUCCAUUGGCCUCCCUUUCUCCCUUAUCGCCCUCCUGAUUUCACUGUGAAGCAAGAUCCGGACAUGGCUCAGUGA